ACGACAAUACACUUGGUUUAGUACUAAAAACCAAGAUCUUACAUCGGACUCCAGUUUACGUUUCACACACUAAUCACUCUCAACUAUUGAAGUGAAAAACUCCUCACCUGGUAACUCUGUUCACUCAGCUCCUUAGAGCAUAAACCCUAACUUGCUAAAACCCUUUUCUUAAAUAACUUCAGGCUCCAUUUUAGUUCUUGGGGUGUUAAAGUUUUCACCCCAAAAUCCUAACCAGCAACUAUUUGAGCUAUCAAUCAGAGGUUGAGAUAAUUUUAGGUCAAGACUUCUCGAUUUGUCUAUUUGGCAGGUUGAGAGAAUGACAUAGCCUCAGCUGCAACGGGCUAGGAUGAGGUUACAAUUGAUUAACAGAGGAUUGAGAUCUCAGUACGAUUUAAAAAGCACCUCUGUAUUUGCUAAUUGCAAGAGGUUCUGCGUUUCCAAUAAUGGAUAUUCCAACUUGGAUAGACCUGUCAGUUCCGUCAUUCCAGAGAGGAACCCUGAAUUUCCAAACAGGCCGGAGUAUGUGCAAAAUGGAGUAGAUAACGUGCAUGGGUGGAGUGAGGCCUUUUCAAGCAAAUUGGAGGGUGUAAGGCAAGCAGUGGAUAAUGUUUGCAAGAUCUUGCAGAGUGGUCCUUGGGGACCUUCCGUGGAGAUUGCUUUAUCUAAAUGUGAUGAAAAUCCUAGCACUGAGUUGGUCACUGGAGUAUUAAGGCGGCUAGACGAUGUCAAUGUUGCAUUAAACUACUUCCGAUGGGCUGAGAAGAAAACUCUCCAAGCACAUUGUCCAGAAGCAUAUAAUUCACUUCUCAUGGUAAUGGCCAGGAGUAGAAAUUUUGAAUAUCUGGAACAAAUUCUGGAAGAAAUUAGUCUUGCUGGAUUUGGCCCAUCUAACACUGUAUCGAUUGAGUUGGUUGCAGGCUGUGUAAAGAAGCGAAAACUGAAAGAAGCUUUUGAUAUAAUUCAAACCAUGAGAAAGUUUAAGAUUCGCCCUGCAUUUUCUGCAUAUACAACUCUAAUAGGUGCGCUCUCUGCUGUUCAAGAACCUGAUCUCAUGCUCACCCUCUUUCAUCAGAUGCAAGAAUUAGGAUAUGAAGUAAAUGUACAUUUAUUCACGACAGUAAUUCGAGCUUUUGCUAGGGAGGGCCGAGUUGAUGCUGCUCUCUCCUUGUUGGAUGAGAUGAAAAGCAAUGCUUUUGAUGCAGAUAUUGUCCUCUAUAAUGUUUGCAUCGACUGUUUUGGUAAGGCUGGCAAAGUUGAUAUGGCCUGGAAAUUCUUUCAUGAGUUGAAGGCGCAUGGUAUUUUGCCUGACGAUGUGACAUAUACCAGUAUGAUUGGGGUUCUUUGCAAAGCUAAUAGAUUGAAUGAAGCUGUAGACUUGUUUGAGCAGUUGGAAUUCAACAGGACCGUUCCAUGUGCAUAUGCUUAUAACACCAUGAUCAUGGGUUAUGGAUCCGCUGGAAAAUUUGAUGAAGCAUAUAAUUUGCUUGAGAGACAAAGACAAAAAGGUUCCAUACCAAGCGUGAUUGCAUACAAUAGUCUUCUUACUUGCCUUGGGAAGAAACAGAGAGUUGACGAGGCAUUAAGGAUAUUUCAGGAGAUGAGAAAAGAUGCUGCACCUAAUCUUUCUACCUAUAAUAUUCUCAUAGACAUGCUCUGCAGGGCAGGGAAGCUUGAUGAUGCGUUAGAAAUUCGUGACACCAUGAAGGCAGUUGGCUUGUUUCCUAAUGUAUUGACUGUGAAUAUAAUGAUCGAUCGUCUAUGUAAGGCUCAACAACUUAAUGAAGCUUGUUCUAUCUUCGAAUCUAUGGAUCAUAAAGUUUGUUCACCAAAUGAAUUCACAUUUUGUUCUCUGAUAGAUGGCCUGGGUAGGCAAGGGAGAGUCGAUGGUGCAUACAGACUCUAUGAACAAAUGUUGGAUUUUGAUCUUACUCCUAAUGCCAUUGUCUAUACAUCUCUUAUCAGGAACUUCUUCAAGUGUGGAAGAAAGGAAGAUGGCCACAAAAUUUACAAGGAGAUGGUCCGCCGAGGAACUUCUCCUGACCUUACCCUCCUUAACACUUAUGUGGAUUGUGUUUUCAAAGCAGGUGAAACAGAGAAAGGUAGGUCUAUUUUCGAGGAAAUCAAGACUUGGGGAUUCACUCCAGAUGUCCGGAGCUAUUCUAUACUAAUCCAUGGCCUCAUAAAAGCCGGCUGUGCUCGUGAGACAUAUGAGCUUUUCUAUGCAAUGAAGGAACAGGGGUACGUG